AUGCCAUCUCCCUCAAAAUCCUCCGAUUUGAAGCCAUCCAACCCCAAGCCUCAGCCAUCCGAGGUUUCAAAUGGCAACAAAAAGAAACCCGAAGCAUCAAAAGAGGACUCAGAGGGCGAUCAUCCUUUUCCACGUGCUGUUAUUCGCCAAUUUGCUUUGAACUUCUUGCAGGAUACGAAAAUUGUGAGACGGAAGGAAAAGACAAAGGGCGAUGAGAUUCAGUUUGAGAGAUCAGGGGAUGGAGGGAGGGGCGAGGGAGGUGUGAAUUAG